ACAUCCGCUCGUUUGACAGGUGCUCUUUUCAACCCGCUCUUGGUCGCAAGACGACGUAGCGCCGUGUGAUUUCUCGUGAAUUUCGGAUUAUUUGGGACGUAGUGAUCUGUUGAUCUAUCCCAACGUAACCAUGGCCGACCAAGCACCCGAGGAUGGAGCCAAGAAGAAGCGUACCUUCCGUAAAUUCACCUACCGUGGUGUGGAUCUGGACCAGCUGCUGGACAUGAAGCAGGAGGCCCUGGUGGAGCUGAUGCACAGCCGGGCUAAGCGGCGUUUCAAGCGUGGACAGCGCAGGAAGCCUCAGGCUCUUAUCAAGAAGCUGCGCAAGGCCAAGAAGAACACGCCGCCGAACGAGAAGCCGGCUUGCGUGAAGACUCAUCUGCGUAACAUGAUCAUCCUUCCGGAGAUGGUCGGUUCUACCGUCGGUGUGUACAACGGCAAGACGUUCAACCAGACGGAAAUCAGGCCCGACAUGAUCGGCCACUACUUGGGCGAGUUCUCGAUGACGUACAAGCCUGUCAAGCACGGUCGUCCCGGUAUCGGUGCAACCCACAGCUCCCGUUUUAUUCCGCUUAAGUGAAGUGUGAGUGUGGUGUUUAUUUUUCGUCGGAAAAGGGUGAUGAAAAUACAAGACCGAUUGUAAACAAACUA